UCCGACUUGCCGGAUCUCUGAACAAAAUGCACUGUAUCCAACGACCAUGUCUGACAAGCGUCUACCGUACUGUGUCUCGCAGUCUUAUCACCUCGUCGAAGCGCCACCAAGCAGGAAACAACACGACGACAACGGUGCCCGCGUCCAAACCUCCUACCUCCCCGAUCCCGAAACCCUCAUCGUCUCCCUCUACGACUCCAACCGCAGCUUCUUCUCCUUCUACUACCACCCCCUCCCGCCCGACGACCGACAACAUCUCAAAGACAGGACUAGCAGACAAGCCGGUCGAGCUGGAAAGCAGCACCGAGGACAAAAUCGACUGGACGCGGUCCUUCCACGGCCUCAGCGCCGCGCCCUUCCCCAAAGAAGCCGCCUCAAUCCUCCUCGCCGAGAUAGACCCGGAAGAAGUGGAAAUCAAGCCCGACGGGAUCGUCUACCUGCCCGAAAUCAAAUACCGACGCACGCUGAACAAAGCCUUCGGGCCGGGCGGGUGGGGGCUCGUCCCGCGCAGCGAGAGCAUCGUCACCCCCAGGAUGGUGACGCGCGAGUACGCCCUCGUCUGUCAUGGGCGCCUCGUCUCCGUCGCCCGCGGUGAACAGGACUAUUUUUCCCCAGAGGGCAUCCCCACCGCGACCGAGGGGUGUCGUUCGAAUGCCCUCGUGCGCUGCUGUAAAGAUCUGGGUAUCGCAAGCGAGUUGUGGGAUCCGCGCUGGAUCCGCAAGUUCAAGGCCCAGUAUACGCGUGAGGCGUGGGUCGAGCAUCUUGUUAGCAAGAAGAAGUCCAAGAUCUGGGUCCGCAAGGAUGAUCAGGUUUCUUAUCCGUGGAAGGAGACAAAAUAGCCUGUAUUAUAUUAUAAUCCUCUGGAAGAAUACUACAGAAUAAUAAUAAUAGAACAUUAAAUGGUCAUUCUAUCUAUACAAUGUACGAGAAGUUUCAGUGAGAUCAGUCUUGAUUCUCAUCUUCACUGGAUACUGUGCUGUGCUGCUGCGGCACCGGCCGACGGCUGGGAGGAGGCACAUACAGAGGCGGCGGCGCAGAAGGAGAAGCCUGGGACGGGGACGGGUGGGUGGUGAACGUCGAGCUGGACGACGCGUACUCAGGCGAGGUCUGGUAGUGGCUGGGCAUGUUGUUCAGGGAAUUCCCCUGCG